GUCAUUACUUACCCUAGGGAGAAAGGGAUUCACAUAUCACAUUUCAUAUUUUCAUUUCUGAUUUCACUCCGCCUCUCACUCUCUCACUCUCUCACUCUGCCUUUCUCUCAAAGUCCGAUAAUAUCAAUAGACCCAAAGACAAUUUGGUGAAUUUCAUUUCUGAUUUCACAAGGCAGUCACUACGCCUCUCACUCUCUCACUCUCUCUGUCUCUCAAACCAAUAAUAUCAGUAGAUCCAAAGACGGUCAAAGACGAUUUGCUGAAAACUGAAGAGAUUCAAGGUUCAAGCUUAACAUUUGCUGAAAACUCAAGAGAUUAGAGGCGUCCAAAGACGAUUUGCUGCUCGGCUGUUGUUGUUGUGCUCACAGCUUUGUAGAGAUGGCUGCUAAUAACUUUCCAACAGAAGUUGACACGGAGAAGAUUUUUGGCAUGGCCGAGAAGGAGAUGGAGUAUAGAGUUGAAUUUUUUAACAAGCUAACCCAUACAUGCUUCAACAAGUGUGUCUCGACAAAGUACAGAGAAGGUGAGCUAUAUAUGGGUGAAAAUACCUGCAUUGAUCGUUGUGUCUCAAAAUAUCAGCAGGGUAGAGCCGUGAAAGGUCGCUGGAUGGGGUCACCAGAGGUUGGGGAAGAGACAGGGUAGAUAGGCUGUGAAGAGUACAACAACAACUACAACAUCAACAACUCCUCAGUCCAAACAAGUUUGGGUUGGUUAUAAAAAUCCUCAUUUCUUCAUUUGAGCUCAUAUCAUGUCAUCAUCAUAAUAUAUAGUUGUGAAGAGUACUUUAGCUAAUAUACAAACGGAUUUAGGAAAAAUCCUUUUUAUAAAGUUUGAGGGGCUUGUAAUACUCGUGCUAGUUUAAGAUAAAUAUUUAACAGUCAUUUUAGUCCAUAAAAGAUGAUUAAAACUUAGAGAGUAUGUAUUGCAAUGCAGAGAACUAUGUCUCAGAGAGCUUAUAAGUAAAAGUAUUUGGACCCUAGUUUGUGGGUAGAAGAUUUUACUUGUUUUAAAAAAAAUUAAUAAUAAUUUCCUUUUUCUGUCAAAUGGACUAAAUCAGUAAAUAUGAAUCAUGACCAACCAGCCCAAAGUUAACUUGGGUCUAAAUGGGCUAAACAAUGAGUCAUAACACAACACAUAUAACUUGACCUUUUGUUCAUUCUCUUUUGAGGCAUUAAUUGAGAUUCUCAACCAGCUCUCUACUGGUUGUGUCAGUUAAUCUACAAGGCAGAUUCAGUUAUUUCAUUACUACUCCGUAGAUGAUUUGUUUAACCUGUGUAAUUUCUUCAGCAGUUAUUUGAUUGUCCUGUAACUUACUGGCAAAUUAACUUAUAUGCAAUUAAAAUUGCAAACACAUUCAGCGUUCACCAAUCCGCUCUGACCCACUACUUCUCUUAGUAAUCUAAUGAUAUAAUUAUCAUAAAUGAUAUUUACAAAAUAAAAAAGCUUGAUAACAACAACAACAACAUACCCAGUGUAUUCCAACAAAGUGGGGUUUUGAGAGGUAAAGUGUACGCAAUUCAUACCACUAUCUCAGAUGAAGUAGAAAGGCUGUUUCCGAUAGACCCCAACUUAGGAAUAUUGUCUUAAAAUUAAUUUGGCCAAAGUUCCAUGACAAUCCUCAACACAAAUAUUGUGCCAACG